AUGCCGAUGCAUCCAGUCACCUCCACGUUGAUGUACCGGGGGAUCUGCACCAUCCCGGAUAUCCUCUCCUACAGCGCUCCUGUGAACCUGCCGGAGGACGAAGUUGAAGAGAUCCGUGAGGCCUUCAAAGUGUUUGACCGUGAUGGGAACGGGUUCAUCUCAAAGCAGGAGCUGGGGAUGGCCAUGCGCUCCCUGGGCUACAUGCCAAACGAGGUGGAGCUGGAGGUCAUCAUCCAGAGACUGGACAUGGACGGUGAUGGCCAGGUGGACUUUGAGGAGUUUGUGACUCUUCUGGGCCCAAAGCUUACGGCAGCUGGGUUGCCAGAUAAGUUCAAUGGCACUGACUUUGACUCCGUUUUUUGGAAGUGUGACAUGCAGAAGUUAACAGUUGAGGAGCUGAAGAGGCUUCUGUAUGACACUUUCUGUGAUCACCUCUCCAUGAAAGACAUCGAGAACAUCAUCAUGACUGAAGAGAACCACAUAGAGAACCCCGAGGACUGCCAGGUGGAUAUAGACAGUUCCAGCCCGACGCAGCAAGUCAAGCAAACAUGUGUGCGCAAGAGCCUGAUAUGUGCUUUUGCCAUCGCUUUCAUCAUCAGCGUCAUGCUCAUCGCAGCCAAUCAGGUGCUGAGAAGUGGCAUGAAAUAG